AUGGCUUCGUACGUUAAAAGUUCACGUUUUGAAAAUGCUUUGGCAAAUGUUUUCCAGCAAAGAAUACGUAUAUUUGCUGGUAUUAGACAUAACACAAAAGUGACGCAAUGUAAUAAUAUUAUGAAAUCCCUUAUAAGACAACGUUUUUAUGCUACCAACUCCUUGCCUUCACACGGGUCCGCUGAUAAGCCGACUUUGGAUGGUGAAAGUGAAAACGCGUCAUACUUAACAAAAUCUAAAAGCAAUGAUUCUUCUUCAUUCUUAACAAAAUCUAAAAAUGAUAACUUUUCAAGCUUUGCUCCUACAACUGACUGGUCAAAAUCAUUUUUUGGUUUAUCCACCAAAGCUUUUCCAAAAGAAGCCGCUGAUAUUUUAUUGGCUCCGAUCAAAGUAGAAGAUGUUGAGUGCAAGCCUGAUGGAAUGCUUUAUCUGCCCGAAAUUAAGUAUCGUCGCAUAUUGAAUAAGGCAUUCGGACCUGGAGGCUGGGGGUUGGCUCCCCGUGGGGAUAAUUCCGUUAGUCCAAGGACAAUUUCACGUGAAUUUGCACUUAUUUGCCACGGACGGCUUGUGUCGGUUGCUCGUGGUGAACAAGAAUAUUUUGAUCCUUCUGGAUUAGCCACCGCUGCGGAAGGAGCAAAAAGUAAUGCUUUAAUGAGAUGUUGUAAGGAUUUAGGCAUCGCAUCGGAACUUUGGGAUCCUACUUUCAUUCGUGAUUUUAAAAAACAAUAUUGUGAAGAAUAUUUCUGUGAACACGUUACAACUAAAAAGAAGAGAAGAAUUUGGGUAAAGAAGGGUAGUGAUGUCGAAUACCCUUAUAUAAAGUCAUCGGGUGGUGGAUAUUGA